AUGGCGGAGCUCAUGGAAUGUGCUGUCGCGGUCAGCUUCAUCUUCCAGUUCCCCGACGGCGACGAGGAGCGCGACCCGCGAGUUGCCUUGUUUCGCAGGAGCGGACAAGUAAACACAUAUCAGCACAAAUUAGCUCCCAUCUCUGGCGGCGUCGAAGUCACAGAUGAAAACCCUCUCGCAACGGCGUGGCGUGAACUCCGUGAAGAGACAACCCUCACCUCGGAUUCUCUGAAGCUCUUCCGGCAAGGCAAGCCGUACUCCUUUGCGGAUCCAGACGUUGGCCGCAGAUGGACCAUUAACCCCUUUGCGUUCAUCCUCAAGCCUACCGAGGAGGGCGGCAAGGGCGAAAAGGGCAUCACGAUAGACUGGGAACACGAAGGCUAUGAGUGGUUUAACCCGGAUGAAGUCACCGACGACGAAUCAUUCCAAGGCGUGCCUCGGCUGAAGGAGAGCCUGAGGCGAGUCUGGUUCGAUAUCGAUCUCGGCAAGAAGGCGGGCCGCGCUCUGGCAGCUGCGCUUCGAUCGCUUCAAAAUGACCAUCAAAGCGGCGCAGGGCUCCUGGCUGUAGCAGCAUACUACCAUUUGUAUGAGGACGUGAUUCCAAAGCUCGACACGAGCGAUCGAGACAAGUGGUGGCGCAAUGUCAGGUUCGCGGCCUGGCAUUUGUGGAAGAAUGGUCGAGAGAGCAUGGGAGCCCCCAUUCUCAACGGCAUGCUGUCCAUCCUCGACACCAUUGACCAGAGGCUCAACUCGAGCAUUCAGGGCGCUCCAACAAAAGACGACGUUGUUCGGCUCUGUGACACCAUCAGCGCAAUCAGACUGCAAAGAGAUAAGACAGGAAUCGAGAUCGCAAAAGCCUUCUCUCACUUCCUCCACACCAGGUUCCGCCCUGCCUCCAACGACGGCGGACCUGUCAAGAUUCUCACUCUGUCAUUCAGCUCAACGAUCACCAACACCCUCGCACGCGGCCUCUCAUCACCGCCACUCUAUGUUCCUCUCGACAUCCGCGUGCUCGAAUCUCGCCCCCUCUUCGAAGGCGUCAAACUCGCUCGCCUGAUAUCAACCAUCUUACAAGGCAACCCCGACGUCAACGCCACAACAAAGUUAUCCGUCUAUACCGACGCCAGCGUCGCCCUCGCUUCCAAGGGGGCCCAAAUUCUCCUCCUCGGCGCAGACCUCCUCGACAAAUCCGGUAACGUGUGCAACAAGAUAGGCUCAUUGCCUGCCGUCCUUACCGCCAAGCACGUCUCUCCAGACGUCAAGGUCAUCGUGCUCACUGAAAAGUCCAAGAUAUACCCAUUCGACCCACCACCGUGUGAGGAAAACGACGCUGAAGAGGUUGUCGGCGCUUGGAAGAGGGAUGUGCUUGGGAUUACAUCAAUCGGGGAAAUGAAGCGGACCGCGAGUGUACCGAAUGUGUAUUUCGAGUGGGUGCCUGCGAGCAUGGUGGACGUCUAUCUGACCGAGGACGGUCCGCUGAGCAGGGAGCAACUUCUGGAGUUGGCGACGGGGGUGGAGGAAAAAGCCAGCCGUUACUUUGAUACUCUUUGA